AUGGAGCACAAGCCCGUCGCGCAGGAUGCCGAAAAGGCGUCCGUCCACAACUACGGUAAGAGCCCUCACGGACUUCUCGGGAUUGAUGAGGCAGCAGAAGCGCGCCUCAGGCGCAAGUUCGACCUGCGCAUCCUCCCCAUGGUCAUCCUCAUCUACCUCUUCUGCUUCAUCGACCGCGCCAACAUUGGCAACAGUCGUGUCGCCGGCCUCGAGAGAGACUUGGGCAUGUCGGGCCUCGACUACAACGUGCUGCUCUGCGUCUUCUACGUCUCGUACACGGUGUUCGAGCUUCCUCUGCAACUCGUCACCAAGAAGAUCGGGCCCGGCAAGACGCUCCCGGUCCUCACCCUCCUCUUCGGCCUUUUCUCGCUCUGCAUGGGCUUCGUCCAGAACUACGGCGCAGCCAUCGCGGUCCGCUUCUUGCUCGGCAUCGGGGAGGGAGGAAUUUUCCCUGGACUCGCCUUCUACCUGUCGCGCUUCUACCGCAAAGACGAGCUCGGCUUCCGCCUUUCGUGCUACAUCGUUUGCGCACCCGGCGCGGGAGCUGUCGGCGGACUGCUCGCGAGCGGCCUGCUCAAGAUCGGCUCGAUUGGCCAGUACCGGUCCUGGCGCUGCAUCUUUAUCGUCGAGGGCAUUAUUACGAUGGGCAUCGGCUUGAUCUCGUGGUUCGUGCUGCCCGAUCGUCCCGAGACGUGCAAGUGGCUCUCGGCGGACGAGCGAGCCCUCGCCGACGCCCGCAUCAAGGCCGAGAACCCGGGCCAGACGUCGACGAUCGACAAGCUGCACAGGAAGUCCGUCAUGCAGGGCAUCUUCAGCCCGUCAACCCUUCUCGCGGCCCUCAUCUUCCUGUUCAACAACAUCACCGUCCAGGGCGUUGGCUUCUUGUACCCGACUAUCGUCAGGACGAUCUACCCGGGCGAGAGCGCGAUCGCCCUUCAGCUGCGCACGGUCCCGCCCUACGUCGUCGGCGCCUUCACGACCCUCCUCACCGGCUACCUCUCGUUCAAGACGAAGAAGCGCGGGCUCUACAUGCUCCUGUCGUCUCCAUUCGUCACGAUCGGCUACAUCAUGUACCUGUCUUCUAUGAACCCGCAGGUUCGCUACGCCGCCGCUUUCAUGGUCGCCAUCGGCGCCUUCUCGUUCGGCGCGCUCUGCACGGCCUGGGCGGCGGCCAACGUGACCUCCGACACGGCCCGUGCGUCCGCCAUCGGCACCGUCGUCAUGUUCGGCAACCUCGGCGGCCUCAUCGCGACCUGGACCUUCCUGCCCAAGGACGGACCUCGCUACGUCCCGGGCAACGCGUUCAACCUCGCCGGCAGCGUCAUCAUGUUCUGCGCCGCUGCGGGCCUGUGGGCGUGGCAGGUGCGCGAGAACCGGGCCAAGGAGAACGGGCGCGACGACCACUACCUCGUCGGCAAGACGGAGGAGGAGGUCCAGCUUCUCGGGACCAAGAACCCGCACUUCCGCUACAGCAUCUAG